CUUUUCGAAUUUUAAGAAAGAAGGGGUAAUUGACACUAACACAGGAGGAGAUUACAUCGCGGGAUAUACCAUUCUCCUCCACGUCGGAGGUUUGGUACUAAACGUCUCCUAAGUAUUGCCCUUUAAGAUUUUGAAGAAUGGAAGGUUCAGGCAGUUUAUCCAACGCAGGAAAUUUUGGAUCUAUUGGAAGACAAUCACAAGCUUCCCAAAAGAACAGGGAGAAUAGUAUUUCUCCUCCAAGUAAUAUGCACCAUCACAGUGCUUCUUUAAAUAAUCUUCUCAUAGAUGAGCAACCAGCUUGGCUCGAUGAUCUCCUAAGCGAGCCAGCGUCACCUAAGAUCAACAAAGGUCAUAGGCGUUCAGCUAGUGACACAUCUGCCUACUUAAACUCAGCUUUUAUGCCUUUUAGAGAAGAUGACCUUCUGAAUAGUCAUUUUUCUGGGCCAUCUGGGAUAGUGCAGAACAUUAAUCGGCAUGAUGAUUUGUGGCAGCCUAACUCUUACGACAACCACGGUAAAUUGGGAUGGGAGUUUUCUAACAAAAAUGGAACUAAUGUCCAAACACAUGUGUCAUGGGGAGCUGUAAAUAAAGCAGGUACCUCUGCCUCGAAAUCAGCUGAAACACAAGUAAGUAAAAUGAAAGAAGGCUCUUUCACAAAACCAGACGGUCCUGGAUCAAAAACUGACUCUAAACGUAUCAAACACCAAAAUGCUCAUCGGGCACGUCUAAGGAGGCUUGAGUACAUAUCAGAUUUGGAAAGAACCAUCCAAGUGCUACAAGCUCAAGGAUGUGAAAUGUCAUCUGCCAUACACUACUUGGAUCAACAGCUAGUCAUGCUUAGCAUGGAAAAUAGAGCAUUAAAACAACGUCUGGAUAGUUUAGCAGAAAUCCAAAAGCUUAAACAUGUCGAGCAACAAUUCCUUGAAAGAGAGAUAGGAAAUCUGAAGUUUCGAAAGCACCAACAACAACCACAACAGAAUCAGAAACAAAUGCAGCAGAACCGAUACGACUACCGCCCACCCGCCACACAGGAACCCGAGUCCCAGUUUGCAGCCUUGGCAAUAUGAUUUAGGAAAUUCUGGAUCCAGUUCCAGUUAACUUUCUCACUAUGCUCUAUAAUAAGAUCUUAUAAAUCUUUUUCUCAAUGUUCAUAUAUGAUAGGUAAGCCCAGUAAAGUUUGCAGUCUUGAAUGAAUGCCUGAGAAAAGUAUAGUAACAUAUAUAAUAAUGUGGAUGUUCAAGUUCUUCUCUUUUUAUUUAAUUAUUUUUAUUGAAGAUGUGUAAGAGAAUUUCGUCUAUGAAACAGCUCUACCAUGUUAAUUAUGUUGUAAUAAUUUAUAUAUAUCUAUACUGAAGACUUUGAUUCU